GAAACUUUUUUAAUGAGAAGAAAAUAAAAAUUGAAACUUUUUAUCAAAUUUGGGGUAUACUGAAAAUCAACGACACCACUCCUAACCGGAGAUGUCGUCGGCGGCGGCACUACCAGACGAGCUAUGGCGAAGAAUUCUCGAGCUAGGUAUAACUAUAAAGACUCAAUCUUUAAGCUUCAAAGAUCUAUGUCGCCUUUCAAUCACCUCCACACGCUUUCGCCGAUUAUCUUCCGACGACGAUCUCUGGUCCCAUGUUCUCUCCUCCGAUUUCUCCCUCGACCGUUACCGAUCUCCAUUGCUCUCCUCCAAGUCAUUGUACAAAUUCAGGUUUGAGAGGGAAAGAGAGAAGAAGAAAGCUGCUCACAGAAGGGAAAUGUUGAGAAAAGAGAGCCAAAUUGCUGAACAUUUGAAAAGGAUUAAGAAAUUGAAGAAUCGUUUGGUGGAGGAGCAAGAAAAGAUGAAAGCAACCAUUGUUGAGUUAUCAAGUUUGAGCAAAAUUAGGCAAGCAUCUGUGGCUUUGAAUGUAUGGCAGCCAGAAGUGGUUCGGGGAAGGCACAAGCAGAUAGUGGAGCAGAAUGUUGUGCCAGUUGAGUCUCGAGUCCAUGCAAUGGAUAUGGAGCUCAAGCUUUGCAGGCAACAAAUUCGUGGUUUCGAAAAAGCUUAUAAUGAUGAGAAGAAGAGGUUUGAUACUGCCAAAGAAGAGUUGAACUUAUUGAAGUAUCAUCCUUUGAGGAUUAAUGAAUCAACAAGUGGGGUGAAAGGCGAAUCCGAGGCCAAUAAUGUCGAGAGAAAGAAACGGAGAAGAUGCAAUAAAGGUACUAACAAAUAUGGUACUUUAAUGUUUAUCCAGAUCAGAAUUCAGAGAAAAAAUCAUAGCUGGUCAUGCAUCUUUCUCAGCGAGCGAGCAUGCGCGGUCUGGUCAACCGCUUCCUUCAGACGAUGGGCAUAAUUGGUAAAAUGAUUUUCUAUCAGUGAAAAUCUAUUAAAUUUGCUUUGUAGUUGGCUCUGUUGAUGAUCCGAAAACACGUAGAUCUUACCAUGAAACUUCAUACAUGUCGCGCUGAAGAUCGGUUUAGGUGAAAAAGGCCAACAGUAAAGUUUUAUGCUUUGUUCCAUUUGGUGUGAUGAACAAUUAUCCACAACAAUGGAGAGCUAUAGUGUGAUUUUAUGGGAUUUUUUUUUUUCUUAUAAUAUAAGUUUGCUGCAACUUAAAUGGGUAAUCAAAAGAGUAUUUUGUCAAAA